GCUGGCUGAGCAAAAACAACAUGUAUGCGGAUGUUUUAUCAGUUUUCGGCUAGCUACGUAAAACGUGCGCAAAACCCAAAUCGGAACUUCAUCAAUUGCAGUGAAAAGUGCUAAUAAAACCUUAACGGUAAAUUCACUCUUUACAAAGAGGGGAAGAGGAAGAGCGCAGGAAAUACAGCUGAUGGGUUAUAAAAAACUAACGGGAUAUGACUGCCAUUUAUUAUGAUUGUGGAAAAUACGCCCAGCGAAAUCAAUAAAAAACGCGGAAACAAUAAACAAUUUGCAAACGAAAAAACCCUUAAAAACAUAUGGAACAGUGAAUGUGAUGAGUGUUAACCCGAAAAUAGGGAAAGUGCGUAAAGUUCUAACGGUAAGCACACUUUAUUGAUGCAAAAGUUAAAGCUGAUUGGUAACCCAAAUCGAAUGGGAAAUGUCUGAUUUUUAUUAUAUUUGUGGGCUAUAACGCCCUGGUAAAUCAAUAAAAGCGAGGGUACUUAAGAAAACCCUUUCAUUCGAGCCAUCCUCAGAACCCACAACAGAACAGUCACGGACAUAAAUGUAAACGCUUUCGGUGUUCAAAAGCCAAAAAGCCGGCCAGUGGUUCAAAAAGCCGGAGAAUGGAAGCCAAGCCUCUGCUCUUCUCGUGUUGUUAUUGUCGAAACGGGGUCAAAAGUUCGUGUCUCACUCGCUAAUUCAACCACACAAAAAACGCACACACAGUCGCACACUCGCACACUCGUACACCACCCAGAUAACGGUUCCUCAAGUGCAAGCAAAGACACUGCGUCGCCCGUCUGGCAGAAAAGCAUGGAAAAAGCAUAGGAAAAGCAGAAGAAAAGCAGACAAAAGCAUUAGCCAAGUGCCAAGUAACUCAAAACUGCAGGCCUACCGAAACCAGGGGUAAACCCACACACAUCCCUACAUACAUAAAUAUGUAUGUUCAUAUAUAUUUGGAAAACAAGACUAAAUCCUAAACAACAAACUAGGCCAAUUCGCGAGGAGGAAGCGGGGGAAAGCGCCAACGAAAAGUGCUCUGGAAAUGAGGAGAAGUAAAAUAUAAUAAAACUAAAACAAUAGCAGUUCUCUGGCCAUUUGUCAAUGACUGGGCCACUCGCGUGACUGCCGAUCCUCGGGGGAAAGUGGAAUAGCUGCAGCUGCAACAGACUCCGGAACAAGGACUACUUCGAAAAGUGUUGUGGCCGCAUUUCGUGUAAGGACGGCAUAAAACAGAAGCGGCAAAUAGAAAAGCCAAACGGCGGCUAAGUUGCCUUUGUCUCUUGCCUGCCAUUGCCGGAGGAGGAGCAGGAGGAGCAAAAGUAGCAGGAGUCCUGGCAAUUGGCCAAGUUAAUAGAGAGCGCCGGGAGGCCCGAUAAUGACGUUGCUGGAGCUGCUGCUGCAGCCGCCCAUGUUGAUGAUGAGGCUGCUAACUUGGUUAUUGCUGCCAGCCUAGAGGACACAGGACGAAGGAUCCAGACCAGAGCCUCUACGCCCACCACACUCGCCAGACAACAACUACGACAACAGCAACAACAACAACAACAAGUUCUGCAGCUGCAACGCCAGGCUUACUGCAUUUCCGCAUCUUGUUCCUGUCGCCGCCGCAGCCGCCGUCGCCGUCACCCGUUGCUGUCAUCCUUGUAGUUCCAUCCAGUUCCAGUCGUUGCCACAGCCGGAGUCACCAUGCCCAUGGCCCACCCACUGCCGCUCUGCGUGGCCUGGCUGCUGCUCCUCGUCGUGAUUGUGAUGAGCGACAUGACAAACGGCGGUGUGCAGGGACCCAUCGAGGGCUACAAUUCGCUGGACGACCUGCUGACAACCACGCCCACUCCCGGCCAGGCGGCCCUCCUCCUGCCCACCGCGCCCACCGUCGCCUACACCCAUCCCAAGUGGAUGGAGCCCUACUUCGAUCCCUCGACGCCGCGCAAUGUCACCGCCCUCAUGGGCAAGUCCGCCUAUCUCAGCUGCCGUGUGCGCAAUUUGGCCAACAAAACGGUGUCCUGGAUCCGGCACCGCGACAUCCACAUACUGACGGUGGGCUCGUACACCUACACCAGCGACCAGCGCUUCCAGGCGACCCAUCACCAGGACACGGAGGACUGGACACUGCAGAUAAAGUGGGCCCAGAAACGGGACGCCGGCAUGUACGAGUGCCAGAUAUCGACGCAGCCAGUGCGCAGCUAUUUCGUCCGCCUGAAUGUCGUGGUGCCAACGGCCACCAUCCUGGGAGGUCCUGACCUUCACGUGGAUAAAGGCAGCACCAUAAAUCUCACUUGCACUGUAAAGUUCAGCCCCGAACCGCCGGCCUACAUCUUUUGGUAUCAUCACGAGGAGGUCAUUAAUUAUGAUUCAUCAAGAGGCGGCGUGUCGGUAAUUACCGAAAAGGGCGAUGUGACAACCUCAUUUCUGCUCAUACAGAAUGCAGAUCUGGCCGAUUCGGGCAAAUACUCCUGUGCGCCCUCCAAUGCAGAUGUGGCCAGUGUGCGUGUGCAUGUCCUAAAUGUUCGGGCCAUAAUUUCAGGUGAACAUCCGGAGGCAAUGCAAACUGGCUCAUCCGGUUGUCAGUACAAUUGGCUGACCAUCGUCCUGCUGGUGGGCCUCGUCCUUUGCUACAGUAGUCAACAGUGCAGCUCGGCAGUGCCAGCGUCAUUAACAUCGCCAUUACCAUUACCAUCGCAAUUACCAUUGCCGGCGGCAACAACAACUGCAACGGGAGAAAGUGCAUCCAGUGAAAGUGUGACAGCCGCAAGAGCAUCAUCAUCAGCUACACCAACAGCAACAACGACUACAGAAGCGAGGAAGCGGUGUCCUGCGGUCAAAAGUUGUCGCCAGACCGCCGGUCAUGUCCUGGCCAAAAGGUCCUGCCACAGAUGAUCGAAUGAAGGCCACAUCAGCCCCAACUAAAUAGAGUAAUUCAAGGAGCCACAUGAAAUGUGUGCGAGUGAGUGUUCGACUAGGAAGCAUCAAUGAGUGUGUGAAUGAUCAUUACAGUUUGAGUGUUUGCUACUCAGCCCUUUAGUAUGCCAGUUUUAAACUUGUACUCGAAAACCACAUUGCAAAUAACGGCGCAGUAGAGUGUAAAUUUAAUCUUAAAUUUUUUAUAAGUAAUUCAAUUUUUCUUUUAACAAAAAUCUAAUUUUGACUCUUUAAUUCAAUCAUUUUUAAUUUAUUCCUUGAAUUAAUUAAAAUUAUUUUUUAUGAUAAGGAAACAACAUAAUCCCUUUAGUAAGAAGGACUUUUGUGACGAUCUUUACAGCUGCACCCAAUCUUUUUAAUUAAUUUUUUACAUUCUUAAUUUUAUCUACGAACAAAAAAAUUUAAACUCUUUAUUAAAUAUGGCUAAUUAAAAUGUCACCAAAACUCCUCUACUGCCCAAGCCGUUGUAAUGCAAUGUAUUUAUAUAAAUAAUAGUUUGUGUAAGCUUAUUGAUUACAAUUUAAUGUGUAUAUUUAAACAAAAUCAAAAUGUACUAUACGAUGUGUGUAAAUAACAAACUUAAAUUUAAUUACGGCGUAACCAAACGUUUGGCGAAGAAAAUAACAAAAAAAAAUGUGUAUCACAAACAGAACAGAAAUGAGUAAUCUCUAUGGCCAGUGGCACUGACUCUUUUAAUAAAUUAUUGAAUAAUCAAAUAAAGUGCAGUGUACAGUGCAAUAUUAAAUAAUUAGAUAAAAACGUAGACAAGCCAAAUAAGCCAGCAAAAUGAGAGCAGCAGUGAGUCAUAAAACAUUUAAAUUGAUUGCCAUAUCAUGCAAAUAUUUGCACUGCGCAAUUUUCCACCAAACAAAAUGUAAAUUUGAUUUUCUGUUUAAUUCAGCCAAUCAAAUACAAUUUAUUUAAUAUUUCAUUGCAGUGAUAUUAAUGACACGUUUCUAUAAUUGACGGUAUACCAAGUUGUCUCAUUUCGAAAUGUUUAUUAAAUGUUACGCCAUAUUUAUCUAACAACUUCUUUAAAUUUGCCGAAAUUUAAACACAAUGGCUUUAUUUGAAUGUCACAUCCGCGUUAGAGCCAUUAGUUUAAUAAUGGCUUGCCAUUAGUUUCGCAAUCUUAAUUAAAAACUAUGUUGUCGUGUUAAUUGACCACCAAUGGCGCAACUUUAAUUACAACAAAUGGUAAAAGUGUACAGAAAAUACAAAAAUAAUUAAAAAGUAAUCCUACUCCACCCAAUAAAUUGAUUUAAUUAGUAAUUCAAAUGUAAAAAAUUGGAAUAGGUAUGAUUUCACGUAACAAAAUUCUGUUGACAUACAGCAAAUAUUAUAGCUCAUAGUUGUUAUAAUUAUAAAACAACAAUUCCAUUUGGCAGACCUGCAAAUUAACUAACACUCGCCGCUGUAAUCGAACGAUAACCCAUUCAAAUUUAUUGAGAAUGCUCGGCCAAUUAAAAUGUGAUGUGAUUUUCCCCAUCUUAUGUAUGUUUGAACACAAUUAUAAUGCCACAUAAUUCCGAUUUAUGCAACGCCAUUUGGUUUGCUGCGGCAAAGCUAGUUUUAUUAAUUUUCGUUAAUCUGUAAAAAUAAUGUUAGUCAUAAGCUUUUGGCAAAUUGUGCCAUAAACGAUAAUGUCACUUCCCACCACACAGUUUUGAAUCAGACAAAAAUUUAAACUCCAAUUCUCCGAUUAACUUCCGAUUGUUGUCUACGCUUCCCGUUUAAGCAACUGGAAACCAUGAAAAUUAUAUUAAUUUACUCUUGCUUCGAAUCAUUUGCAUUUUAAAUGCCAAGUUCGAGCAACUUGUGUUUCUGACUACAGCUAAUCUCCUAAUUGUUAAUGCAACCAAUCAAAACUAUAAGCAGUCGCCCCACAAAACAUGAAACAUAUGAAUAUGUACUUGAGUUUAAGUGUGAGUACGAACAUAUGCCAGCCAAUUAGAAAUUCCAAAUCAACGGAAUGCUAAUGCCAUAAGCCCACAAGCAUUUGCCAUUAAACUUUAAAGCGCAGUAAAUAAAUCGACAUACAUACAUACAUAUAUAUAUUCGUAGGACAUCAGCUAAGUAAUUCCUGUAUAUUAAAGUUAAUUAGUGAAGCUCUAGAAUUAUGCAAUAGUCAAGUAAAUUUACGUGCUAUGUAUGUGAACUAACGACAUAGUUAAAUAGUUGUAAUAAAGCAAUCGAACUGUGUAAAACGAACUACUUUUAACUGUUGAAAACCUACAACCUAAAUGGCAAACUAGUGAAAGCAUUAUAAAAAUAUGACAUCAUAAAGAAACAUAGCAGAGCAUUACAAUAAUAAACAAAUAGCAACGAUAACAAAAGCCAAACAACACGGCCGGAAAACGAGCGAAAACACUGAGUUUGUUGUUUGUCUUUUGCGCCAUGAUUGUCGCCACAGUAUUGUAAAACAACAAAUGACACGAGCAAAAAACAAAAAAUGAAUAACAAAACGGAGUGCGAUACGAUUAAAAUUUUUUAUUUAAAAAUUAA